AUGGCGGCCUCUUUCUUCUCCGACUUUGGCCUUCUGUGGUACCUGGAGGAACUCAAGCGGAAGGAGUUCGUGCAGUUCAAGGAGCACCUCAAGCGGGAGACGUUGCAGCAGGGGCUGGAGCCGAUCCCCUGGGCCAAGGUGAAGAAAGCCUCGCGAGCAGACCUCGCAGACCUGAUGACAAAGAGCUACAAGCAGCAGCGGGCCUGGGAGGUCACCUUGGCGGUGUUUCACAGGCUGGGCAGGAAGGACCUGUGCGACAGGGCCAGGAGCGAGAGCACAGGGCACGCAAAGCUGUAUCAAGACCACGUCAGGAAGACAUUUCAUGCCUGGGAGCCCCGUGUUGCAGCCCGUGAAGCCUGCGACCUGAGGCUCAGCCAGGAGGAACGGGAGUUCAUGUGUCGCCUUUUUGCUCCUGGGGACGCAGGAGAGCAGGCACCCACGGUGGUCUUCCAGGCGUCCCCGGGCAUGGGUAAGACCACGCUGCUGUGGAAGCUGCUGCUGGCCUGGGCUGAGGGCAGCCUCUACCAAGAUCGCUUUGCCUGUGUCUUCUACCUGUGCUGCCACAAGCUGAAGCCGCUGGCGCCCACGAGCCUGGCUGGGCUGCUGGCCUGCGACUGGCCCGACGCCCCGGCCUCCGUGGCGGAGAUCCUGACCCUGCCGGAGAGACUCCUGUUCCUGGUGGACAGCUUGGAGGAGCUGGGCUGUGACCUGCUGGAGCCGGAGUCGCCUCUGUGCAGCAGCAGGGCGGAGAUGCAGCCAGUCUGGGUGCUGCUCAACAGUCUGCUGGGGAAGACGCUGCUGCCCGGGGCCUCGCUGCUCGUCGCCGCCACCCCUGAGUGUGCCAGGAAACUUGCUACCAGGCUGCAAAACCCCAAAAUCAUAACCCUGAGGGGAUUCAGCGAAAACCACCGCAAGCUGUAUUUCUGCAGCUGGUUCCAAAGCAACAGCAGGGCCUUGGAGGCUUUCCGGUGCGUGAGAGAAAACCCAUACAUCUUCUCCAUGUGCCGAAACCCGCAGCUGUGCUGGCUCGCCUGUGUGUCCGUGAAACAAGAGAUGGACCGGGGCAGAGACCCAGCCCUGAGCUGCAGGUGCGUCACCUCCCUGUUUGUCUGCUUCAUCUUGAACUCGUUCACUCCCAAGGGGGCCAGAGGGCCGCCGCGGCAGAGCCGGGCUCUGUUGAAGGGCCUGUGUUCUCUGGCUGCCGAGGGCAUAUGGACCAACGCGUCCACGUUCAGUCGGGAGGCCCUCCGCAGAAACGGGCUCACGGACAGCGACGUGGCCGCCCUGCUGGACGCCAGGGUCCUGCGGCGCAGGGCGCCCGAGGAUUCCUAUGCGUUGCUGCACUUGGGGGUGCAGGAGUUCUGUGCGGCCCUGUUCCACCUGCUGCAGCGCGGGGACCACCCCCACCCCGCGGUGCGGGACGUGGAGACGCUGCUGCAGAGGCUCCUGAGCAAAAGCGAAUCGCCCUGGAUCUUCCUGGGCUGUUUCGUCUUCGGCCUGUUGAAUGAGAGGGAGCAGGAAAGACUGGAUGCGUUUUUUGGCUCCCACCGGUCCCAGGAGAGAAAGCAGCAGCUGCUCGGGCUCCUGAAGAGCCUGGAUGAGGAGCAGGUGGACUUUGCCCUCCUCUUCUCCUGCCUCUGUGAGAUCCGGGACGAAGCCUUCGUGCGGCAGACCAUGGAGUCCUUCCGGGAGAUCAAAGUGACCAUAGCCCACACCUUCCAGCUGGCCGCUUCCGCCUACUGCCUAGGACACUGCUCCGGCCUGAGGAAGCUCUGCCUUUCUGUCCAGAAUGUGUUUCCAGGAGAAGAUGGAGGCGGACAGAGGUCACAGCAAAACCUCGUCCUCUGGCGUCAGAUCUGCACCGUGCUCACCACCAACCAGCACCUCUAUGCAUUCCAAGUGAGGGACAGCAGCCUCCCCAUGUCUGUCAUGGUGGACCUCUGUCAUCAGCUGAAGCAGCCCAAGUGCUACCUCCAAAAGCUCCAGAUGAAUAAUGUGUCCCUUCGCUGUGAGAUGUGGGCUUUCUUCGAGGUGCUCAUUCACAACCCAAACGUGACGUGCCUGGACCUCAGCUGCACCGGCCUCUCCCAGCACGACGUGCAGGUGCUCAGCAAGGCCUUGAAGCACCCAGCGUGCAACGUGCGGGAGCUCCUAGCCAACGUGCCAAGCCACGCAGCCACCGCAAUGCUGAUGCCCAAGAAGAACCGGAAUGCCGUCUACGAACUCCUCUUCAAGGAGGGACCUGCACGCGUGAAGGCCAUGCAGUCCCCCGAGUCCCGAGGCCACGUGUGGGAACAGUUCGCCUGGAGACACUGCUACCGGCACCUCACCAACGAGGGCAUACAACUGGCCAGCUGCCGCUUGGGUGGGCCCUGCUGUCCGGUCCUCUCUGAAGUGCUCCAGUGCAGUAGCAAGCUGACCCACCUGGACCUCAGCAUCAACGUCCUGCAGGACGAGGGGCUGCGGGUGCUCUGUGCCGCGCUGGGCUGCCCAAGUUGCCAUUUACAGUCGCUGUGGCUCUUCUACUGCGGCAUUACGGCUGCCGGCUGUGAGGAGCUGGCCUCCGCCCUGCCCAGCUGCCAGGGCCUGAAGAACCUGCAGGUGGGGGGCAACAGCCUUGGGGACGCCAGCAUGAAGCCACUGUGUGAAGCCUUGGCACACCCGAGCUGCCACCUGGAGAUCCUCGGGUUGCAACUGUGUGGGCUCACCAGCGCCUGCUGCUUGGCCCUCUCAUCAGCUCUCACCAGCAGCAAGACCCUGCGCAGUCUGGACCUGAGUGAGAAUGCCUUGGACCUCAGCGGGCUGGUUGUGCUGGUAUCUGCCCUGAGACAACCCACCUGUGCCCUGGAGGUGCUGGGGUGA